AUGCUGCUCCGGCUCGUUGCGACCGCUUUGGUGUUUCAGCUUGCGAAUGGUUUUAUUGACCAAUUCGUUCACUUGCCGUUGAUCCCGGUCACUAAAGAUGUUGGGGAGGGCAAGUUGGUCUUCCUUCAGGCGGUAAGUCCGUCUCUCGGCGUUAUGAUUUUUCGGGUCUGCGACAGUUCGGGUCAGCAAUAUUACGGUGUCGGUUCGUCCUUGUAUGCAUGGGGGAGGCUAGGAGAAGGCUUAGUUAGUAAAAACAAUAAGAUUUAUCGGGUCCUAAGAUAUGAGAUUUAAAAAACAGAAUUUUUUAAAGUUCUCUCGUUUUAGGUGUGGCGACAUGGAGAUCGAACUCCACUGGUCUCCCUACGCAAUGACAACAACACUUGGCCAGGGACUCGUGGCGAACUGACGACGGUAAGGCCAAAAACUUCUCCUUUACUUCACUGUGAAUAGAUACUGAGUUAUCAUACCUUUGCAGCGAGGAAUGAGUGACCAGGUUGUGCUUGGAGAGAAGCUUCGUACGCGCUACAUUGAAAAAUUGAGAUUCCUCGGCAAAAGAUACACCAGCAAAGAGGUAGGGCGCUCUCCAUAGCUAUGGUUUAUUCUUGCAAAUCGUUCUCCAGAUCCACGUCCGCAGCACGGACGUGAACCGCACACUGAUCAGCGCCAUGGCCAACAUGAUCGGGUUUUACAAGGACGCGAAGGCGGAUGAAGAUUAUCCUGACCAUCCGUUGUGGCCAGCGGGAUUUGUCCCCGUUCCAGUGCAUACCGAGGACUAUGCGUAUGAUUAUGUAGGACAUGGUUAGGUCGAUAUCAGUCUGUCGGGAAAGUAAUGAGCGCAUUGUCGCUGCGCCGAUCCUCGUCGCUGAAGCUAAAAGCAUUUGAUUUUGCAGCGAUGGUUUUCUCGGCGGCGAUGCGAUCUUCGAUGCGACAGGGUGCUCAUUAUAUUCCCGACAGGCUGGUAAAUGCUUUUACAAAGUUUUUUUCCGUUCAGGUCGGAAAUGUUGAUCGUCAUUGUCCACGGACCGUUGCGCUGACAAAGCUCCUUCAAACAACACCGCACUACUCGAACAUCUCGGAAUCUAACAAGGUAAACUACUUCUUUUACUACAAUUCAAGUUUUCCGAUAGAGAAAACGAGACUUGGAGAAGACUCCAAGUGCGACGGUCAUUUUCCAACGAGACAUGAUAAAAACAUAGAGUAAUUGUAAGACAUUGCAAGACAUGUGACGUACAGACCGCGCUUUGCACAAACUUCUUUCGACCGAACAUGGGAAACGUAGGACACUUUCUUUUGCAAAUUUCGGCAUGGAAAGUUUCGCACCUAUUUCUGCCGUAGAGAGUAUGUUUUAUGUCUCCACAAAAAAUGAAUUUUUUCCGCAUGAAACUGGCAAGAUGGCCCGAAAGGCUUUCUUCUCGCUGACUCCGCCAUAAUCAUUGUUUUUAGGAAUUCCUAGACGAGAUCAGCGAGUUAUCGGGGAUAAAACUACGAAUUGACAACUUGUUCCUCGUCCACGACAAUCUGCUCAUCACAAAGGUAAGCUGAGGUCGUCUUUUCUGCAACGAAUAGCUUCUACUAACUAUUUACGAUUGGUCUUGACGUCUACUACGAUUUUUGAAAGUUUAUCAGUCCGUCGGGAAAAUAAUGUGGAUUCAUAACGCCUUGCAAUUUCCCAUCGUCGAAGGCUAGCGGCGGCUGGAGAUUUGGUGCGCAAAUGCGACGAGUCAACACAUUUUCCCACGACGAAUUCACAUAAUUUUCCCGACAGACUGAUAGACGUUUAACCCAUGUAAUUUCCACUUUUGAAUAGAGAUACAACAAGCCCUGGCCGGAAGGAUUCACCGACGAGAUUUACGAGAAAAUCUCCUCACUUAAAGCCGAAGCCGACAAAGCCUUGUUCGGAGUGGGCUACGAAGAGCACGAAGGCGUGGACUUGUCGCUAGAGUUGGCCAAAAUUCGCGGUGGCCCAUUGUUGUCGCACUUUGUUGAGCAAAUUCAGAACAAAGUCCUCUGCGCCACGAAGCCGUUCAAGGAUCAGACUGCAGGCGAGAAACGGGUUUGUCGAUGGAUGAAACCGCUAAAGUACCAUGCUAUUUCUGCUGUAGGUUUUCGGUUUUUUAUUCAUCAAAUCUUCUGCUGUUUAUCUUUUUGUCAAUAUUAUUGUGCUGAUUUUCAGCACGACAUGACAAUUGCCGGACUUUUUGCUGCAUUCGGCUUCAAUCAAACCAAUUAUCAUGCUCCAGGCCUGCCGGAUUACGCGUCUGCUGUUACCGUGGAGCUGAGAGAGCAGAAUGGUACUCAUCAUGUCAAAGUAAGUGGAGUAUAAGGCGCCGCAAAAUCAUUUUUUCCCGGGGGUUUUCUAUAAAAAAAAAUUUGUUAGAAUUAUCAGUUUGUCGGGAAAAUAAUGUGGCUUCAAGCCUUGAAAUCGCCCAUUAUCGUUUUGCGACGGCUGGCAGGGCUUUGGUGCGAGACGAGGCAAGGCAUUUUACCGCGAAAAAUCCACAUUAUUUUUCCGACAGUCUUAUAAAUACAAUGAGAAAUCUGCACAGCCAGCCUCCGUAUUACAAAACCUGUCUAUAACAAACAAUUUCAAAAGGUCAUAUGGACGAUUUUAGGCCAAGAUGAACUGGCUGCCAUUUCGCUCCAGGCCUUGUUAACAGAGAUAAUAAAUUUUAUCAUUUUAGAAUGCUGUUGGUUCCUCUAUAAAAAAAUCACAAAUUUCCUCAAUUCCCACUGCACAUAAAUUAACCUUAUUGAUCUUUCCAGGUCCUCUUCUGGCCUCCAAAUAACCCAUUUCACUACCAAGACAUUACCGCGGAAGUUUCCGAUUGCGAUGAGAAAUGCGAUUUAGAACAGUUUUUAAAGCGCUCGGAGCCCUACAAGGUUGAGGACGCCAAAGAGGUAGGCAGUUGCUGUCAAUACAAAAACAAAUCUUCAGCUUUGUGACACUCUACUAUUCGGUGCUUCUGUUCGACCAACAACUUCUUUGCUUUCUUUAAUUUCUCUUCUUUUCAUUGUUGGUGUGUUGUUUACAAUGUAA